GCCUAGCGUUGGAAAAAAAGAUUAUUUUGUUGUAUCAAUCCGUCAGUCAUGCUUACAAUGACAAGCAUAUUUUAACUGCCGUCUGCCACAUAUGUAGCGGUGACCCGGUGACCUUGGCUGUGAAUAAAUUUGUGAUAUUGUACUUACAUUUUAAUAAACAGAGUGGGGUAGUAGCUAAUUUGGCUUUUCAAAAAAAACUAGUAACACAUUAUUAUUUUUUUUUAUCGUUUUUGUACAACUAGAUCCUAGUGAAAAAAUGAAAAGAAUAUCUAUUUAAAAAAUAGUCGAAUUGCCCCACUUUGUAAAUUCACAAAUUGUGGCGCAACUGCGUUCCUAUAUAUUCCGUAUUCAUAGGUGUAAAUGUGAUGUAACAAUUUGAAAGAUAACAAUAACGUUCAACCCGAUAUAACAUAAAUAGCUAUGCUUGCUUUUGUUAUUGUGAUAACGUUUGGCUUCGUCGCAAGUGGUUCAUCUCUAGACACCGGCAAUAACAUGGCUAGAAACUUGCCGAAAACUAUGAGGGCUGUGGGCCUUUAUAAAUAUUUACCCAUUUCUGAAGCGGAGAGUCUCGUAGACCUGGAGAUUCCUGUGCCAACGCUGCAGAAAACCGAUGUUUUGAUUGAAGUGAAGGCAGUAUCUGUCAAUCCCAUCGACACUAAGAUAAGGGCACCGAAACCAACUGUCGAGAAAAAUCCUAGAAUACUCGGCUGGGACGGGUCCGGGAUCGUAGUCGCUAAAGGAGAUGAUACAAAACAUUUCAAUGUGGGUGACGAAGUGUUUUUCACUGGAGACUUGCGGAAAAAUGGAGCGAACGCGCAGUAUGUCGCGUUGAAUGAGGUCAUGGUCGGCGUCAAACCGAAGAACCUGACCUUCGAGCAAGCUGCUGCCAUGCCGCUGACUUCAGUCACCGCGUUCGAGUCCCUUUUCGACCGAUUGCUUAUAACAGAAAAAGAUAAAGGUAAAACUCUGCUCAUCAUAAAUAGCGCAGGCGGUGUCGGCUCUGUUGCCUCCCAACUUGCGAAGAAUUUCGGCCUGAAAGUGAUCGGAACUGCUUCUAGACCGGAGACAGUGGACUUUUCUAAAAGAAAUGGAGCAGACAUUGUUUUAAAUCACACUCAAGAUCUACUGCCUCAAUUACAAUCUCACGGGUAUGAAAAAGGAGUCGAUUUAAUUAUGGUCAAUUACGAUCCAUACCCAUAUUGGGAUACCAUUAUGAAAGCUGCCAAACCUCAAGGACGUAUAUGUCUCAUUGUAGACAGCAGUGGUUUAAUUGAUUUGAAACCAAUAAAGGAAAAAAGUUUAACUAUAACAGCGGAAAUGAUGGCGACUAGGAUUUAUUUUGAAACUGAAGAUAUGUAUAGACACCACGAAAUUUUGAAUAUAGUUUCGCAAAAGCUGGACAAAGGAGAGUUGACGUGCACUCUGAACAGAGUCUUGUCGCCAAUCAAUGCUGCCAAUUUGAAAGAAGCCCACAAGCUUUUAGAGAGCAAGAGCAUGAUUGGAAAACUGGUUUUGUCUGGAUUUUAACCCCCAACUUUAAUCCGAGUCCAAGCAUUUUUAAUCAUAUAGAACUUUGAUAUCAUUAGUGUAUGUACUUAAUUGUAAGAUUAAAGUAUUUAGUCCUAAGAAUA